AUGUGUAAGUUGACGGUAUUAGGAGUGUUUUUGACUGUUACCUAUGUUUACAGUCACACUUAUCAUUUAGGAUCAUGUCCCAUUGUUGAGCCUAUGAGCGGUUUUGAGAUGAACAGGUUGCUAGGUGUGUGGUACGUUAUACAGAAGACCUCAACAGCAUCACACUGCAUCACGUACAACUUUAGCAGGACCGACGAGCCUGGACAAUAUCAGCUGGAACAGGACUCUCAACAUUUCAUUCUGGGAUUGACGCCCUUGAAGCACGACUACAAAUAUACUGGAGUCCUGACAGUACCUGACCCCGCUGUUCCUGCAAGGAUGAAGGUUCGAUUCCCUCUGAGCGUUGCCGGCUCAGCAAGCUACACAGUUUUGGCAACGGACUACACAACAUACGCCGCGGUCUUCACUUGUCAGAAGUUAGCGUUCGCUCAUAGACGAUCUGCCACUAUCCUCUCGAGAACGAAAGAACUCGACAAAAUGUUUGUUGAUAAAAUGCGUACAAAGCUUUCUUCGUAUGGAGUGGACCCUUAUGAUCUUUCGAUCAUAUCACAGAACGAAUGUCCAGGUCUACCCGACGGCGUAUCUGAAGGCGUGAACAUAGAUAUAAACCCCGAGACUUUCUCGUCUCACAACAUCGGCGAAGCUGUCAGGAAAACUGGCGGAGCUAUUGCUGACGGCGUGGAAUACGUUGUGGAGGCUGGAAAGAAGGUGUACCACAAAGUGGCUAGCAGCAAGGAGGACCUUACCGAACCACCUUCGAACCCAUACGCAGUCAGACCUAUGGACAGCGAUGCCGAGUGGCUGCCCUAAAGGGCUAAGCGGAUGCGCAAGUGACGAUAGAUUUUAAGAAUAUGAUCGAACUAGCUUUUGCCCGCGACUCCGUCCGCGUGGAAUAAUUACUUUACCAUAACGCUAAAUUUUACCCCCCACUUCAUUUGCGUAGAAAGUGAAAAUAUUUUGAAACAUUCUUUAUUGGUGCACUUGUAUUGGUCUUACAGUGAUGUUUGUAUAGCCUAUAGAGUUCGUCAAUAAAUGGCCUAUCUAACACUGAAAGAAUUUUUCAAAUCGGACCAGUAGUUCCUGAGAUUAGCGCGUUCAAACAAACAAACUCUUCAGCUUUAUAUAUUAAAGUAUCGAUAUAGAUAAACAUUCUCUUCUUCUCCCCUUCCGAUUUCCUCAAGUGGACUGCAAAUAGGACUAAAGUAUUUAUCUAAAAAAGUCGUUUUUUUAUGGCUAUGGUAUGAUGGGUGGACGAGCUCACCGCACAUCUGAUGGUAAGAGGUCACCGGAGCCCAUAGACAUCGACCAUGUUAACGCCGCAAUCCAGCUUGAGUCAUGAGUUCCAGGUAUCAGUUUUUACACUACAACGCAUUACUGCUUCACGGCGGAAGUAAGCAGGGCGGCGGUACCUACCCGUCGGACUCACAAUUACCUACUAGUAAACUAACUGCUACUCUAAAACUGAGCCUAAUUAUUAUUUUCCAAACAUAAGGAAUUAUGACGUUAGUCUGAAUCCGAAUGUAAAAGUUAUCUAUCUAUCUGUCUAUCUAUAUAUAUAAAAAUGAAUUGUUGUUCGUUAGUCUCGCUAAAACUCGAGAACGGCUGGACCGAUUUG